AUGGAGCAUAUCCCUUCCUUGACACGCGCCCUGUGCACGGCACAAUCGCUCGUAUCGAAAUUGCGCAAGACUGGUGGACAUGAAAGCCUUGAUACGUUGUACACUCUCGAAGAAGUUCUCGCCUCCACUCUCUCCACUGUCCGCAGUUCAAUUAAUAUUUUUUCUCCCAUAAACCAAUGUCCCAACGACGUCCUCAGUAUCAUCUUCCAAUAUGCUGUAGCUCUUAUCAACGAGUCGGCUGGCGAGUUCCAGUGGCCAUUCUCCUCACUUCGAUCUUCCCCUAGACUGAUCGAUUUGACGCAUGUUUGCCGUCGGUGGCGCGUGCUGUUGUUAGAUCGACCUCUUCUUUGGACGCAUAUCGGCGAUCACCUUGGCAGUGAUCCUCUACUUCGUGCUGCUCCGACAUUUCUGGAGCGAUCCCGAGAGGCAUCUCUAAAGCUCCAUGUCCGAGUCAUGUCAGCGCGUCAAAUGCAAACGAUAUCUCAUUUUUUCGAGUCAAAUUUAUCUCGCAUCGAGGAGCUUCAUGUGAAGCACACCCCCGACCUCUUUGGCCUGCACCAUUCUGCCCCGGCUCUCAAGGUCCUGACAAUGGAGUCUGUUCAAAAAUCUCCUGGGCAGACGGUAUUUGCUGGCGAUGUUCCACUGCUCAGAGCGCUGACGAUGCAAUCGAUGUCGUGGUUUCCCAAAAAUCCUCUCCCCAGUCUCACACAUCUCUGCAUCUACUCAAAGAAAGCGCCAGGCACAAAUCACGGCGGGUUUCAACACUAUAUAACGUCGCUGUUGUCAGGCCUGGCAGAUUUUUUGGAUGCGUGUCCCGGGCUGGAGGAGCUUAUCGUUUCAGACGCGCCUCUCUUAGUAGUACCUUCUACUAGUGAUCGUCCCCCGGUCACGUUGAAGCACCUGCGCAGACUUAGUAUCGGAGAGAUGCCUAUUGGUGUGCUCAGCUGGUUUCUCACUCACAUUAAAUCCCAUGAUGAGUUAUCCACUCGAAUCUUCGGUCUUCGAUGUGAUGGUCCGUCUAGCACAUUGUCUCUCCCCAACAUACCACCUCUGAAUGGUUCAACAAUUUUACACGUGGGGACUUCUUCCCCCUUCGUUCUAGUUGUCACCGCCACAGAUUCCUCAGCCGCCGUUCGCAUUGAAUGCGGGAUACCGCGGUUGCGCAAGCUUCAUACGGUCCCCGACGGUAUACUUCCAUGGGCUUCAUGGCCACUCUCUACCAUCACGGAGCUCCAUGUCACCGGUUCCAAGUGCGUCUCCGACUUUGGAGGCCUACCCACUCUAUUCCGCGCCCUCCCAUCUCUAUCAGUAUUUACGUACGUGGGGGGCCUGAACCGGCUCAGAUUCAUUCUCAGCGCACUAACCAAUGCCCUCUCCCCCUUUGCAACCUAUCCGCUCCCUUGCCCCUCUCUGGCUACGUUGCAGAUCUGCUUCGACUCGGAGUCGUACAUGAUUUGCGAAGCGCUGGCCGAGUUUGCAGCGACACGAGCACGCGCUGGGUGUCCCCUCCGCGAUGUGGUCAUUCAAUGCAAUGACCCAGGUGCGAUUGAUGAUGGCAUCUUGCCAGGUUUCAAUCUGAUCAAGCACGUCCAGUCCGUCCAGUACGGGCAGUCGCGCGGAGUGACGCCCGCGGUGCGUUGGCCUGCUGCAGCGUGCAUGGGGAAUACACACAUGUUCUGGCCGCUCUGGCAGUGGUAG